AUGCAAAUCAAGAAUGUUCUUACCGGCCUCGUCGGCCUGGCUGUUCUGGCUGACGCUGCGUCCAUCGAGCGACGAUCUCCAUUCGGCCGCGCUUUAGAACGACGCCAACGCGGUCAGAACGGUGGCAACAACGGUGGUAAUCAGGGCAAUCAGGGCAACAACCAGGGCAACCAGGGAAACAACCAGGGCGGCAACGCAAACAACGGUGGCGCUAACUUGGCGUUGAACUCCAACCUUGUUCAGACUGGUUCCCAGCAAGAUGGUAACAACCCUGGUGGCGAGGGUCAGGUCGCUUCGGCUACUGACAAUGCCAACUUCAUCAACUUCUGUCAGGGCAAGACUCUCACCAACGGUGCUCAAGUCAAGACGGGCUCUUGCAAUGGUAUCCCCAUGGGUAACAUUCCUGGCGUCAACAACAUGGUUUCGUCUCUUUUCGUAAACCCCCAAAAUGGUGACAACAUUGCCUCCAACCAAACUUUCGACAUCCAGGUGCAAAUGAUCAACUUUGCCCCUGGUAGCUUUACCAACGCUACCAACACCUACUACUCGGCUCCUCAGGACCUUGAUGGAAGCGGUAACAUUAUCGGUCACACUCACGUUACCGUCCAGAGCAUGGGUAACAGCCAGACCCCUUCCCAGCCCCUUGACCCUCAGAGCUUCGUCUUCUUCAAGGGUAUCAACGACGCUGGUAACGGCAACGGCCUGCUUUCUGCCACAGUUGACGGUGGUCUGCCCGCCGGCAACUACCGUCUCUGCUCCAUGUCUGCUGCUGCCAACCACCAGCCUGUGCUGAUGCCUGUGGCUCAGCGUGGUGCCCAGGAUGACUGUGUCCGCUUCUCUAUAAGCGACAACGGCGGCAACGGCGGUAACAACGGCAACAACGGCAACGGAAAUGCUGGCAACAACAAUGCUGGCACUAACAAUGCUGGCGCCGCUGGAAACAAUGGACAAGCUGGACAGAACGGCCAGGGCCAGAACGGCCAGGGCCAGAACAACGGUCAGGCUGGACAAAACGGACAGACUGGUCAGAACAACGGUCAGGCUGGACAGAACGGACAGACUGGUCAGAACAACGGUCAGGCUGGACAGAACGGACAGACUGGACAGAACGGUCAGGGUCAGAACGGUGCUGGUUCCACAAACAACGCCGGCACUGGCAGCGUUCAAACUGGAGAUAACAACAACAACGGUACCGCCGAUGCUACUGGACAGAAUGGCCAGGGCCAGAACAACGGACAGGCUGGUCAGAACGGUCAGGGUCAGAACAACGGACAGACUGGACAGACUGGACAGAACGGUCAAACCGGCCAGGCUGGUCAAACCGGUCAAGCUGGUCAGGCUGGUCAGGCUGGUCAGGGCGGCCGUCGAGGUGGACGAGGUGGACGCAAGGGUGGCAAGGGAGGCAACAACGCCCAGGCUGCUACCAGCGUCGCUGCUGGAAAUGCUGCUGCUGCCACUGGUGCUCCUGCCGCCACUGCUGCUGCUGUUUCCAACGCCGCCUCUGGAGCCGGUGGUGCCACUACUGCCAACGCUCUGGGAGGCAUUGCCGCUCCCCCGGUCUCCCAGUCUGGCAACGCCGACAGACCUUUUGAAGUCCAGGGCAACACUUUCACCACCAAGGCUGCUGCUGCCCAGAGAGCCUGUGACAUUCAGAACAACCAGUGCGCUAAUGCUGUGAACAGCAAGUCAGUCAAUGGUGUUUCAGUCGGUGACUGCAAUAACCAGAUCGCUUCUUGCGUUGCUGACCUUUCUGCAUCAUCAUGA